CGCUACUUCCUACAUCCACAGUCAAUUGUGAAUACUUUCUCUCUCUUCCAUUUAGAACAACACACGUCUCUUUCUCUCUCUAGAAAAAAAUUAUGGGAACCGCAAUUCUUCGUUCCCACGAUUGCCUUCAAGGUCGGUUUCUCCCAAACGAUGACUUGUCAAUCCCUUCCUCUAAAAUUAGGUCUCGAAAAAACUCUAACCCCAACCCUAAUUGCAAAUCCUAUGUCAAUCAGAAUCGUCGCCGUAAGCGGAGCCCGGUGGCCCCCGCUCAGGCCAAUUUCAACGAUCGGAGGAGAUCCGGUGAUCGUACGGAGACGCUGUCGAACGGUGUAGCCGCGGUGAAUCUUUUAAUGGGACAAGUUAAGAUUCUCAAAAGAGGCGAAAAGUUGAGUUCAGAGAAUAUCCACGAUGGAAAACUCGUUGUUCCCGUGGAGGAUUGUAAGGUGAUGACUAUGGAGCUUGACCAUCCCGAUUUGUUAUUGGGCUCAACGGAUCGGUUUGGGCCUGAUCCAAUAACCGUACAGAAACAAGUUAGGGUUUCCGAUUCGAAAGAUGGAAUUUACGCUGGAUCAGCGUUUGUUGCGUCUCCUCCUCCGAGUUCCGUUCCUGUACCCGGAUUUUUGGGGAAAAACGGUGUGGCCACAAGUGAUUUGAGACGGAUACUACGACUUGAUUUGGAAUGAUUAAUUGAUUUCGUUUGUUAGGUGUUUUGAUUACUUUCUUCCGAAGUAGACGAUGAAAAUUGGUGGUUGUUUGUUUGUUUGUUCGUAUGGUCCCUAACGUGCAUCCUUUAUUUUUUCAAGAGGAUUUUGCCGUAGGGUGCGAACGCAUGAAGAAGCGUUGAAAGUUGAAAGUCAAGUGAAGGUUUGUUGUUUCAGUGUUCAGUUCGUGAUAGAAGAAAUAAUCAAGUUAGGUUUUGUGGUUAGUUCAUACGUUGAUGACCGAAGGGAUGUAACUUUUGUAAUUUCCUCUAGUCUGAUAUACGUGAAUCUAUAGUGUUUGGAUUUAGAGUAUUUCUUUGUGUAGUGUGUGUGAUUUUUUUCCAUAUGGAAGAAUUAAGUACUAGUAUGUUUUUCGUCGUAUUUUUCAGGUCUUUCGAUGUAUUCUGUGUUCUUUUUCGUGCUAAUGUAGUAGUGAAAUUUAAUGGUAAUAGAAUGAAGUUCAGUAUUAGUUUCA